AUGACCAGAGCCUUGAACACUGUAUACUCAUUCCUUCACUACCACGCGCACACUCUUACCCAUGAGAGAGCUCCUGUCGCGUCUCCCGCACAUGUUCGCGUACAGCUGGAUCAACCUCCUGCGUUCACCAUCAACAACCAAUGCCAGCCGGCCUCAAUCGAGGAAGACCGGCUGAACAAGUCGUGGCGGCCUUUACCGGCAGGACGCCUGUCGGCCGGCCAAGCCCGGGUUUGGGGCCUGGUAUCGACCGUGCUGGCGGUGACCGUGAGUACUAGCAGCAACCCCAUGAGCACGGGCAGUAACCUAGGCCAGCUGAGCGAUAGCGCUGGCAACGCCAAUGGUAGUGAUGUUGCUUUUGGUGGAAGCGGUGGGACCGGGAGCGCGUUGCUGGCGCUACUGAGAUGGAUCUAUAACGACCUGGGCCAGGGGAACGGCAACUGGGCGGUCCGCAAUAUGUUGACUGGGGAGGGGUUCACGAGCAUUGCCGCGGGGACGUUAGAGCUUGCUCUCCAGGUGCCGCUACUAUCUCUUUCUUCGCAGUUGGAUCACACAAACAUGCACCUGCGGUAA